UGGGAUGGGGGGGUUGUUUCGUCAAGGAGCCGAUCGAUCCAGAGGAAACGACGCCAAAGGGAAACAGCGCUACGUAGAUAAGCUAUGCUAAUUUUAAAAGAGGGGGAAGGAAGCGUGACUGCCAAGUUUCCUCCAGACCGACUGGACAAAGUCGUGCAAGAAGCAGAAGCCGCUCUUAAAGGUCGGGAGGGAAGACGCUCGCAAAGAUGGCCCAGAAUGAAACGCAUCCCCUUGUGGAAAUCCUCAAAUCCUUUAAUACGGGCGACAUGAUCCUGGCCUUCUGCUUGUCGGUGCUGGUGGGCCUGCUUCUGGGCGCUCUGGUUUACGUCCUGCUGACGUGGGCGUCCCGCCGCCGAGCCACCGGCCGCAUCACCCGACGCUCCCGCAAGAAACCCGGCAAAUCUUCACGCUCCCAAAUCCCGCCGGACGGCCAGUUGGGCCUCUACCGGAGCACUUUCCUCGGCGUCUACCGCCAGCCCUCACUGGAGCCGGUGGGGCCGCUGGGGAGCAAACCGGGACCGGAAACGUCCACGUUUCGACCUGUGCCCAGGAAAGGCAGUCUGGAGAUGGGAGAGGACACCCGGGUGAGCCCGUCCGAGGACUCGGCCGAUUCGGCGGCACUGGUUCCCGACAAGCGCCACUCCUUCUGGCUGGGCGGGAACGGACUCAAGGGGUUCCUGCCCUCGCAGACGCCGCCGCCCGCCUACAACAGCAUCAUCCACGCUUUCCAAGAGUCCUGCACUUGAAGCCAACCACAGCCAAGUCCUCAAGACUUUGGAGAGAUUCUAUCCGAGGGAAGACCCUGUGAAGUCAAUUCAGAGAUUUUAUCUCUAAAUACAGCAUUUUUUUUGGGGGGGGGGGGGGGGGGGAUUCGAUACAAGGGACAGGAUUUAAAGUGAACAACAUGUUUUUUAAAACUGCCUUAAGAACAGCCCCCGCUAGCUUUAUGCUAACAUAUAGUGGAAAAGCCCAUGACAUGCUCACAGUUAGCAUUAAAAGAGGCCAUUUUACAACACUCUGAGCAACAAAUCUUGAAACAGAAAUGUUGGAACAGAUCACCAAAUAGUCAACGGUCAUAAUAUGAAAAAUGGCCCGCAUGACAGCAAUUGACUGAGUCGUAGCAGAAGAAGUCGAUUGUCCCUCGCUUGUGUCUGCAUGACCGCGUAAUAAAAUACUGCCUCCCGGUGGCCAAAGCGGGCACUACCAGAAGGAGCGCCACACUGAAUUGGAAUGGUAGCAUUAAUAAAGCAUGAUGGAGCCACUCUUUCAUGUUUUACAUUCUAUUAAAUUUGUUCUUACUCCGUUUUUCGUAAAAUACAAGAAUAUAGAGUUUGAAUUUCACUUAUUAUGAACAACCAAACCAAAAAUAUGAUGAUUUUUUUGUGGGGGGGGGAGGAGGCUAGAAUGCAUUAAUGAUAUUUCCAUUCAUUCAAAUGGGGAAAGGGGAGACUUGAGAUAUGGAUUUUUUAAGUGUAGGCGUUGAACGACUGAAACUUCAGGAUCUCAAGGAACCAUUGUAUGUUCUACAUGUAUAAAAAUAAAUUCUGAAAGGACUGAGAACU